AUGCCUCUUCCUGAUGUAAUGUUCUGCGCUCAGCAGAUUGAAAUCCCACCUGAGUUUCCAGACAUUUUAAAGCAGUUUACAAAGGCUGCCAUCCGGACCCAGCCACGCGAUGUUCUUCAGUGGUCUGCUGCGUAUUUUUCAGCAUUGUCUAAAGGUGAAACCCUUCCAGUGAAGGAGCGAUAUGAAAUGCCAGUGGCAACUCAGAAAAAUAACACUGGCCUUACACCAGGGCUUCUAAAGAUUCUGCACAAUCAGCUCUCCCCAAAGAACUUUGUUGAAGAGGAAGAAUUGGUGCAAAAAUGGAAAGAUCUAGGAUUGCCAAUUCAACAACUGAAAAACAUUCUGCAUCUGGGCAGUUUUGAGAAUGAGAUUGAGUGGAUGAAAUUCCUGGCACUUGCUUGCAGUGAUUUGGGUGGGACUCUAUUCAGUGCUCUGAAAUACGCCUGUGAAAUCCUAACGACUGAUCCAACUGGAGGUGCUUCACACAUUCAAUUCGAAACCUUCAAGUAUCUAUAUGUCUACUUGGCAGCGAUGGAUGUGGACAUUCUGGAGUCUGACAUUCAAGCAACUCUUCUAGCUUUACAAGAAGAUGUGGAUAAACAAGGUGGAUUGAUACAGCCCAGAAACUUCAAGCAACUUAAUAAAGCAAAACAUCCCAAACAAAACAAAUUGCCAUUAUAACUGAACAUAAUCUUUUUGUUCCUCCAAGGUUAUGUUC